AUUAUUAUUAUAUGCAAUGUUUUCCGUUUUAUGUGAAAAAAUAUUUCUUUUAUCUCUAUUAUUAUACUUCGAAGAAAAUUUUAAUUCUGUGCAUGAUGCAAUGAUUUCUCUUUGCACCUGUUUCAUACCAUAUGUUAUUGUAAUAUAUAAUGCAAUCGAUAAUUAUUGCCAUCUGGUUGACCAGUAGUAGGAAAAAUACAAAUUACUAACCAGCAUGUUAUUAGUUGAUACACUGAGUAUGCUUUAUUAAAUAUUCUAUACUUAAAUAAUACCCUUUAUGUAUCGCAUCAUUGCAUCAGUUAAAUUCUAUUUCAUUCAAUUCUUAAGACAAACAGUUUCUAGAAACCAUGUUGAAACAAGUAACUCCAGAAAAGAGUAUUUAUAUUAUUUGGCUUAGCGUGGCUUUGUCUUUUUGUUGGCCACUUCCUGCCACUAGUACCAGAAAACAAAUUAUGUGCAUAAAAAUUUUACAAAUUAGUGCCGUUAUUAGCGCAUUUAUGGUACUUUUACCUUUAAUUUAUACGAUUCACUUGAAUGUGCAUAAUCUAAUCAAUCUUUUCCAAUGUAUUUGCUUAUUGAUAUGUGCAUUUAAACAUAUUAUACAAACUGUCAUAUGUUUCAUAAAAUAUAACGCUUUACAACGUAUAGUCGAAGAAAUGAUGACAUGUGUUAAAGAAGAACAACUAUAUGAUAUUUUGUGCAUGUAUAUCAAAAAAUGUAAUAUUUUCUAUGGAGGAACUAUUGUAUUAAUAUAUGGAACCGCAACUGUUUUUGUAUUAGGACCUAUAUUUUUGCCAAUUUCUUUUCCAUGGGGAACAGAAUAUCCAUUUCAAGUUAAUUAUACCACAAUAAAUGUCAUUAUAUACGCACAUCAAUUUUUUUUUGCUUAUCAAUGUGCUGCGCAUACAUGCUUAAGCUUAUUUGGAGCACUUCUUCUUUGGUUUGCAACUGCAAGAUUUGAAUGUUUAAUUAAGGAAUUACAAAAAAUUACAAGUAUUGAUAUGCUAAUCAUUUGUCUUAAAAAAUUAUUAUUUUUAAGAAGAUACGCAGAAGAAGUUGUGAGUUGUAUUCGUUUUUUGGUAUUUUAUGCUAUAGCAAUAAGUACGUUUACUCUGACUUUAUCUGGUAUUAUAAUGAUCAUAAAUUGCCCAUUAUUUGUGAAAAUAGAAUUCAUAACUAUAUCUAUAUCUCUUCUUGUGCAAAUUUAUAUUUAUGCGUGGCCAGCUGAUCAUAUGCAAGAUAUGAGCAUAAAUGUUUUACGAAGUGCAUACAACUCAAUAUGGUAUGAACAAACAUUAGAUAUGCAAAAAACUUUGCUGACAAUGAUGAUAUAUCAAAAACCAGUAACUUUUUCCAUUAAUGUUUUAUUACCAGAGCUUACUUUACGUUAUUGUUGUUCGUAUAUAUCAAAUGCUCUUUCUAUUUUCACAGCUUUACGAGCUGUGAUAGAGAUUACAUGAAUAUAAAUCUAUUCUAAAUAAUUAUUAAUAUAUAAUGAAGUCUUCAUUAUAAUAGUCAUUAUUAGAAAAUAUGUAAUGAUAAUUAUGAUAAUCAUAAGCAAAUUCCAUAAUUGUUAAAAUUAUUAUGGAAUUUAUCAAUAUUCUUGUAUUAUAUUGAAAAUAAAUAUGCGUAUAUAA